GAAAAUGGUAACAAUCCGUGCAGUUUCGAAGAGAAACAACGUUUUUCAGUACUGGCUUCACAGCGCAGAACCACGACGAUUCUUGCUUCCAUGGUGUUACUAUUCGGCUUUACAUGGCUUCCACACAAUGUUUAUACUCUAAUCAUUGAAUACGACGAAGCAAUCUUCCACAAUGGUGAAAGCGAUAACACCUAUAUCGUUUCGAUGAUAGCUCAUCUGGGAAAAGUGAGAGCGCCAGCGAAAUUUACAAAUGCGAAGAAUACCAUAAUCAGGGUCGCAAAAUCCGACACAUCACAAGAGAAAGCCUUUUGA